AUGAAGAAAGAUACCAGGGAGGUCUUAUGGAGUGCUCAGAAGAAAGCCGAGCAAAGCCUCAGAAAGAUGACUUCCACACCCUUUGUACGGGUUCUGCGAUUGGAAGAUCCACCAAACAAGUUUUCACCCCCGGCGUUUGCAGUCUAUGAUGGAAAAACAGAUCCUGUAGCACAUAUUUCAGCCUACACGCAUAAGAUGACUCUUUGGGCAGGUCGAGACGGACUCAUGUGCAAAAUGUUUCCGUCAAGCCUAGGGACAACAGCCAUGAAAUGUUUCCACCAACUUCCAGAGAACUCGGUUUCAUCUUGGAGGGAGUUCGCCUGGAUCUUCGUAGCAAGAUUCAUAGCAAAUAGUCGAGAUCCAGCAACAUUGGAUACGCUAUUUGCUUUACAUCUAAGGAGAGGAGAAUCACUUAGGGCUUACGCUGCCAGGUACUCAGACACCUAUACGGAUAUGGAAGAUUGUGAUGAAAGGACCGUAGUGGCUACUUUUCGCCUCGGGCUCCCUCGUGACUAUAAAUUGCGAGAGAGUUUGACGAUGGCUCCACCUAAAAGUAUGGCCGCGCUCGAGGACAAGAUUAAGCAAUACGUCAAACUGGAAGAAGACAAACAGGGGGAUCGACAAUUUGCUUCUCAAGAAGGGAUAAAAAAGGAAAGUAAGAAGUUUAAAAAGAAGAACGGGAAAGAAAAAGACUCGAAGAAGGAUCCAAAGGCCCCUUCUUACGAGGUGGUAAAAACAAUAUUUAAGGACCCAAUUUUCCGAAUUCUACCUCAGAUCGCGGACAAGCCGUAUUUUCGACGGCCAAAUAAGAUGUCAGGGGAUCCGUCCACUCGAAAUCAGUCCAAAUGGUGUUCCUAUCAUAGAGACAAAGGCCACAGGACAGAAGAUUGCAGAGAGUUCAAACAGCAUUUGGAAGAAUUGGUUCAACAGGGACAUCUUAAGGAAUUUAUUGAGAAAGAGAAAAUUACUGCCGAAAAGAAGGCAGAACCUCAAUCAAAGGAGCAGGGAGAACCUUCACACUACGUGGUUAAUUUUAUUGAUGCAAUGGUACCAGAUGUACAACUUGGUGAUGUAUAG